AAAAAAAAUCUAGCUAUCAGUGUUUGUAGUUGUACUCGUAACUUUUCUCUUCCAUUAGUUUUCGUUAUCUUUUUCUUUUUUUUUUCUUUUCUGUUCGGAUAUUAUUUUUUACACUUGGGAUUUCUCUCUCUCUCGUACUUCUUCUUCUUCUUCUUCUCUAUCUAAAGCCAUGGCUGCUUUCACUUGUACCUCUCGUCCACCGAUUUCUCUCCGUUCCGAUUCCAAAAUCGUAUCCUCACCACCACCAUCGGCUUCUCUCUCUUCUCGCCGGAUGUUCGCCGUCUUACCGGAAUCAUCAGGUCUCAGAACCCGUCUUUCUCUCUCUCCGUCUUCGUUGACCUCGAUUCAUCAUCCUAGGGUUUCUAGAGUACGGAGAGCCGUCGUUUGUGAAGCUCAGGAAACUACUACCGAUAUUCCAGUGGUCACUGACUCGAAUUGGGAUUCUCUAGUUCUUAAGGCAGACGGGCCUGUAUUGGUCGACUUUUGGGCACCAUGGUGUGGACCUUGCAAGAUGAUUGACCCGCUCGUUAAUGAUCUAGCACAACAGUACACUGGGAAGAUCAAGUUCUACAAACUAAACACUGAUGAAUCUCCUACAACACCAGGCCAGUACGGAGUUAGAAGCAUUCCUACGAUCAUGAUAUUUGUCAAUGGUGAGAAGAAGGAUACGAUCAUAGGUGCUGUGCCCAAAACCACUCUCACAUCUAGCAUUGAUAAGUUCUUGUAAUGAAAUUUCACUGUCGAGUCUGUAAGAUCUCUUAUUCCCUGUCUCUCUCUCGGUGUCGUUGCCCUCUGUAACUCAGCUUUCUUCAUAGCUAUCUGUUUCUUCUACUGUAUCUUUCUUUCUUCAUCACUGAACAUCUUAGACCUGGAUAAAUAAUAUGAUGUCAUGUCUUUAUGUGAUU